AUGAAGAAAAAAUUAAAAGAGUUAUACGGAUUGAAUAGUUUUUUAGCCAGAGACAGUUUCAAAGGUUUGGUAAAAAAGGAGCAAGUUAGUUUGGAAAAAAGAAGAAACAAAUUACAAAGUAUUUAUGAAGGAGUGGUUAAUUUGUAUCAUCAACCUGAUGCCUUAUUUAUCAUUGGCUUAAAUAAAGAAAAAACUGCCUUUAAGGAAGCCAAAAAAAUUGGGAUACCGGUUAUUGCAGUCUGUAAUACUAAUUGUAAUCCCCGCUUGGUUGAUUAUGUUAUUCCGGGCAAUGAUGAAAGUGCCAAAUCUAUUACUUUUUUCGCUAAUUUAGUAGCGGAUGCUAUUAUCGAGAUUAAGAAAGGUGAAAAGUUAGAAAGUAGUAUUGAUAAAGGAAAAAGCGAAACAGAACGAUAA